GUAACAGCGACAUAAAACAUUGUCAUAUACUACCUCUUCUUAGUUUUAACUUCCUCAUGCACAUUUGCACACGGGUGAAUAAUAACUAGAGUUGACAUUUAACUACAUUUACCAAGGACUUAUAUACAGACAAGACAUUUAAGUUUCAGGAUUGUUUAAGGUAUACUCGGCAAUGAAUAAAGUGCUGGCAGUCGGUAUCCUGUGUUGUCUAGGAGCUACAGUUGUCAGUAUUAUAAGUACUGCAAUUCCAUACUGGCUUCAUCACGAAGAAAAAGCUGGUGGCCAAAGCAUUACUUUAUACCUCGGCUUAUGGAAGACUUGUGUCAAAUACUCAGUUUCUACAACGAAAGGAUCUACAUGCGUGAAUAUAGAGAAUGCGCCAGACUGGUGGAAAUCAGUUCAGGCCCUGAUGAUUCUGGGGAUUCUAUUCCUGGCUCUGAGUACAUUCCUUGGAUGUCUAUAUUGCAAAGACGACUCAAAACAAAGCCUGUUACAUGGUGCUAUGUUUACAGCCGUACUUGGAGGUAUUGCGCUGAUCAUAGCUGUAAUUGUGUUUGGAGUGAAAGAAAAAGAAAUCAGCUCACAAUUCCACGCUUGUUUUUACUUAGCCCUGAUGUCCGGAGCAGAUGCGAUCGUAGCUGCAGCACUUAUGGCAAUUUCGAAACGCCGUGGAGGAUAUAGUUCGAUAUAACAUUUCCAGUUGAAGAAAAAUCAUUUAUCGCUUAUACUGUUUAUGAUUAUAAGUUACUGUUUGUAUUUUUGAACGAUUUACUUUCGAUAAGGUAGUUCUGCACGUACGGAUAUUUUUCUACAUUGUCGUAUUUGGACCUCACACAAAUUUUUAUAACGGCAGGCAAUUAUGAUCACAUUUUCGCAAAGAGAUUGUUUUACGAUGUACGAGAGAUAGAAAUAAAUGUAUUGUCACAGUCGUAAAUGAGUGCAUUGACAUAUAUUGAAUAGGUUCAUACGCUUGUUUUUUUAAAAUAUUUAUUAUUAUUAAAGAGAUCCAGACAUUUAAGCUAAUUUUUAAGUUAUUUUCUAAGUAUGUUUUAAUAAAAUAUCCAUAAAAAGAUAAUAUCGUAUCCGUUAACGUAAAUUUACUCAGUUGUUGCUGUGGGUUCAUUACAUUAUUUUCAUUUGCCGAGUCCAGGCUUUACGUUAUCUUAAUGAAUGACGUUACGCCAUUUCAAAGGUGCAGAGAUACCUUAAGUAUAUCUUGAUAUUGCUAUUCUGAUUUUUCUGUAUCUGUAAACAACACAAACCUACUUUCAAGAUGCAGUAAAAAUACUGAUGUCAUCUAUUAUAUAAGCAUUUGUACAGUCUUUGAUCAGUGCUGUAAUGACAACAAUUAAAGUUUGCUAUUUUGUCAACAUAUGACAUUGUAUACAUAACAGAAAUGCUGUGAUGACAACAAUAAAACUUUGCUACUUUGUCAACAUAUCACAUUGUAUACAUAACAGAAAUGCUGUAUACCGUAAUGACAACUAUAAAAGUUUGCUACUUUGUCAACAUAUGACAUUGUAUACAUAACAGAAAUGCUGUAAUGACAACAAUAAAGUUUGCUACUUUGUCAACAUAUGACAUUGUAUAUAUAACAGAAAUGCUGUAAUGACAACAAUAAAAGUUUGCUUCUUUGUCAACAUAUGACAUUGUAUACAUAACAGAAGGAGUUUCUACAAUCGACACAAUCUCAACUCAGUGAAUUGAUGAAAUAGCAGACAUAGAAUAGGAUCGAAACGACCAAAAAUCAGAUGAAAUUGAACAGUUAUUAAAUUCAAUGUCACAAAAUAAUAUAUGGGCCUGCAUUCUAAUUGAAAUGUAAAGACAUUAACAUUUCACAAAGUCUGUAUAUAAUAUAAUGUGUGUGUAUUUAAGGAAAGAUACGUGCGUGCUAGUUAAUAUUUUCAUGAACAUUGCCUAACUGAUUACUAUUACAUGUAUAUGUAUUAUAUGAGGCCAUAUGCAAAUAAGUGUUGUAAAUACUAAUGUCAAAAUAGGGUGAAAAUUGGUCAAUCUGACUAAAGAUCUAGAUCUUCUUAAAUGUAAGAUCUGAAGGCUGCCCAUUCACGUUUAUCAUAUAUAUAAUCGGAUAUUCGAUAUUGCUAUUUUUAUUUUCACCAAUCUGUUUUUAUUUAAACCAAUUCAAUGACUCGUUUCAACAAGAUCUGGCUCCCCCUUCAACCAGAUCGUACGAAAACAAGAAGAUUAUUGCUAUAAUUUUAGAAGGCUCUGAAACUUAGUUUACUGAUAUAUUAUGUUAUAGAAACACGUAUAUGUUAAUUGGUGUUUUUUACUUAUUUUUCCAUUUAAAGUUGGUACCGGAGGUAAGCUGCGUUAAUUAUUAAGUUUUAUAUUUUACUACCGGUAACUACGUCUUCCUCCGUUGUGUAUUGGCCAAGAACGCAGGAAAAUGCUAUUGCCGAGGUAGCCCAGGGUCGAUUCCUGACCCAGGCAUGUUUUUUUUCUUGAUUUGGCAUUUCUAAAGCUUAAGUUCUAAUGUUCAUAAUACGACCAAACUUCAGAUUUUAAGCGAAAAUCUAGAGGUCAAUUCGUUUCACAAAGAUGCCCUGAAGAUGUUAUUUCAAUGUUAGAAAGAACACAACUGCACAAAACACAUUUAUCAAAUGCAAUGUGUUGUUUCCUAGGAGGGGCUUUCGCCAUAUCUAUCUUCUUUUUGCUUUAUUAUUGUAAAAUACACGAGGCCAUGUUUUUGUCAUAAGAAUUAUAAACCCGAAAUAAUCAGAUACCGAAACUAGAUGUAGAUCGUUUCAAUUUCUACUGUCACUUUCAAAAUGUUGAAAGCAAGGCUCUGAUUGGCUAGCGGAAAGGUCGUCUGAAUGUGACCGUCUAUCGAUUGUCCUCAGUUCUAUUGUGUAGCGUUAAUAUUAGAUGAUUAUAAUCCGAUUGAUAAAGCGUAGUCUUCAAGAAGGAAUGAACACAUUAUUUUCAUGUUUAAGGAAUCAAUCAUUAUUAAGCUGUGAAGAUAAACAGGUGCAAAAGUGCUUUAAUAUGUAUACAUGACAAAAUAUGUUAAGUGAUUUUAGAAGAAUCUGAGAGAAAAAACAAGUCACGCAAAGUAGCAUUUGUAGUAGUCAUAAUGUAAUACCUUGAAAAUGUGUGAUUUUUUUGUUGAACCGUGUCCAUUAUGAAAGAUUAGAUAUAUCUUAUUUCAAAGAAUUGUUACUGUCUGAUAAUGAAUGUUGAGAGAAAACGAUUUGCAUAAAGAAAUGUUUUGGAAAACAAGAUGGUGUGUUUUUCGAUUGUAUCCAUGACUAUUUACUAUUGUGUACUUCUGUAUUUAUGUUACAUAUAGAGAAUCUUUUGUGAAUUUGAUAUACGUUCGUAUUCUCACAUAAAAUUCACAGAAUCAAGAUGUCGACAUUCGGUUAUGGGCAGCAGGGAGUCGGUUGUGGAAACUUCCGAUUCGGGAAAAAUAUAUGGGUUUUUCCCUAAAUUUCCCAAUAUAUUAAAUAUAGUAAUUUGGUUCACCAAUUCUACUUUAAAUUUUUGUAAUGUUUAGAGAAAUGUUUUAUUUGAAAAGUUGUUAAUUUGUGCACAGAAAAAUAAAAAUGAUACUUUCUUCGAAGAAAAAGUUGUUUGGGUUGACCUGUUGGACAGUUUAACAAUUCAGUCUACCCUCAUGUGUCGUACUUACUGAACAUCCCUUUUAGUCGGGUGCUAUUUAUCACGGUGUGAAGAUUGUAUGGAACCGCUGCGUGACCAGUACAUGAUUCCUUUGAUAAGUGACCUAAUUACGGCGCGUGAUAGGGCAGUAAAAGCUUGAUUGUGUCAGUAACCAUUUUGGAUCUUAUGUGAACGGAGAAAGCGCAGAAUUGAUAUAUUAAUAAUAAUAGUUUAAUACUGUUUAAACUGGUGCACCUCCAUCUCCCCACCACCACCUUGGUGUAUUGUUCCCAUUCGCCUACUUCAAGGCGUGUUCAGUAGUUAGUAAAUCUCUUUUAGUGUGAAAAUCUGAAUAACAGCUUCUUUUGUUGUAUGAUAUUAAUGCACGUCAUUUUAAGAAAUUAAAAAUGACAGUUUUCACUCA